UCAGAGAUAAACUACUCUCUGACUUCCUCUGUCCUCUUUUCCUGGUGCAGCCUUAGAGGGGAGGGGAAUGGAUCUUUCCUGUGUGAGUCGGCGGCGCCUCCUCAGCCAGCUCCUUACUACCUGUCCUUGACUGAGUAUACACACAGACAGGACUGGCAGGAAGCUGUCUUAGCUCUUCCUCAUCCAGAAAUCCUCAUGUGUUUGUGUGCACAGCUGCUGUCUUUUUAAGUAUUCCACUCUGGGGAUUGUAUUCUUUUUUUUUCCUUCUUUUUCUUCUACCUGUGGUGCUUCUGUGGAGUGCUGAACGUUUGUCCUCGAAGAGUGGAGCUCUGAUGGGAGGCAUUGCUAACUCUGGCUGGGACUGGGGAUGCUGAACGGAGGUAGGGAGGGCCUGUUUGAGCUGGGACAGCAGCUCCAGCAGCAGGGGGAGUACCAGGCUGCCCUCCACUGCUUCCUCAGCUGCCUGCUGGGGCUGACCCACAUCCAGAGCUUCACCUCACUGCCCAACUGCUUACACCAGAUCGCUGAGCUCUUCAUCACCGAAAAGAACUAUGGGAAAGCUCUGCAGUUCAUUCAAGCAGAGAAGAUGUUCUACGAGGUGGCGCUGAUCGAGCUCACUGCUCUUCAGGGAAGCACAGGGCCUCAGGAGGAGGCUUCACUGGGAUCUGCGAGAUGGACAACCCCGGAGGAACUUUCCGAGCAAGCCUCCCAGGGGCAGCACUUGGAGCGCUUGGCUCAGCUGUGCAUCAUGAGCAAACAGCCUCAUCUGGCUCUAGAAUACAGCGGUAAGGCCACAAAGAUUCACCAAAGGGCCUUUGGCAAUGACCAUCCAAUCACUGCCAGGAGCUUGGAGCUCAUGGCCACCGUCUAUGCUGAAAUUGGCAAGACUGAAUAUUCAGACUCUUUGGGCCAGUGUGUGUCCGCACUGUCCAAACGCUUCACCACCACAGAGUCGCUCACGGACAACUCCAGCUGCGUUCCUCAUUCGCACCGGGAAAAGCACUCAGAGGUUCGGCACAGAAAGGACACCCACCAUCAACAGGAGGAGGAGGACACUCUGAAAGCCAAGGUGAACAGCAAUAAAGUCCCCACCUCCAUCCUGAAGAGGUCGAGUCCCAGCUCCGUGUCAGAUGCAGAGAGCAACCACAGACGGAAAGGAGAGCGCAGAGUUCGAUUCCGAGAGCCAGAAACCACAGUGCACGCCUAUGAGACGUCAACGUCCCGCCCCCACUUCGCCCUCUUCACCUGCCUCUUCCUGUUGAUGUCAUGCUUGGGCGUGGCCAUGUACUGCACGGACCGCCGGCGCCCACAGCGAGCGUGCGAGGAGCUGGAAGCCGUGUUGGCUGUGUACCUGCUGCACAUGAAGCAGAUUCUGUGGGGGUGUUGGAUAUGGUUGACCAUGCAGUGACGCUGAGCAGGUCGAGGCUUGGACCCUACCAUACACUCUCACACUUACACCUCCUUUUUUUAAAACGCAAUUUUCCUCAUCUUUGAGGCCUUCAAACACCUCAGACGUCUGAUCCUGGAAUCCAUCGUCGCUAUAAAGGCACAAAGUCGUCACCCCAGAAAUAUGUAGCUUCCAUGUUUGUGUACAUAUAUACAGAAUAUACUCAUUAGCCACUUUACCAGGAACAUCGACUCUCACUGUUUAAACUGUCAUAAUUUAGAAAAAAAUAUGCUAAUUAAGUAAAGUGUAUGCUUAAAUUCCUAAUUUGGAAUAAAUUUCAAUUUUUUCCCCACUUUUUUAGUUCAAAAUAUGACAAAUCUUCUAUAUAAGUUUGGGGAACUACCUUAAAAGUAAAAACUAAUUACUAUCUGUACCUAAGGUGGCCAGUGAGGGUAUGUGUAUGUUUCCGAUAUAUGUAAAACAGUGGUAAGCAUGCUGCUCUGUUCGUCUGCUCACAUGUAACCUACAUAUUUACCCAGCCAUGUGGUGUUUGAGUUCCAGUCACGGUCUGUUGCCUGUGAGUGUCUGUUUCCAUGGAAUGCAAACAUUCAUUUUGUACCACGGUUUUUGUGUACAUCCGAUAUUACUGUACACUGAAUGUGGCGUACGGCCCAAUAUACUAUAAGGUCUCUCACUAUCAGUAUUUAGCCUUGUAAUUGCACAGAACUGAAUGUAUAGAUGUCUGGGAAAAGGCUUUGGUUAGCCUAGUGCUGCAUCGGGUGGAGUAAUGUUUAACUAAGAGGCAAAAAAAGUCAUGUUUUGACUGAUUCUGAUGAUAAAAAAAUGCAGCACAGUGUUAGCUAUUAUGAAAAAGAAUAUACUCACAGAAUGAAUGCUGCUGCUUUUCAGUUUUCCUUUUUUGUAAAUGCUAGAUUCACAGUUCCUUACAUCCUAUAUAUUCUUCUAUACUUUAUAUCUGCUCAAGUCAAACUUUUUUUGUUGUUUUUACUUUUUUGUUAUUUGUUAAUUUUGUAUUAAUAUAAUAUUCAGGUCUUAAUUGUGAUGUCAAAUUCCCCCCUUAUAAAAGUAUAGGGAUGAUUCAAGGAUUCAACAAACAGAAAAAGUAUAUAUUCAUCUUUUGAUUCCGUUUUCAGAAUAGAAAAUAAGAAAACUGUUCUUGUAUGUUGUUGCAUGAGUCCCUUUAUCAAUGAAAGCCAAUAAAAUUCAACCACACAAAUGCAUUAAAGGAAUGGAAGAGCACAGUGAUGCACAUCUCACAUACCUCCCUCCUUAAGAGCAAUAAUAAAGUUUCCAUCUGUUCAGGGAACUCUAAAGGAAUGUUUGACAUUUCAUGGUUGAAUAUCAAAGCAAUAUGUGGCUGUUUCAUUCAGAAUAUAUAUAUAAAAAAGAAAUACUUGAGGCUCCGUACUGUCAGUCAGAAUCGCCAUCAGCAAUAAUGCAUCCUGUUCUGUAUUUGCACACUGCUGUCCAAACGUUUCUUUAAAUGAUGUGCCUUGAUGGAGGGCUUUCUCUGUUCCUACUCUUUCAUGUUUUUCACUUGUUUUAAAUAAAUUACCAAUAAAGCAGUUUUACUUGC